AACCCACCCCAUCGCCUUCCCCAUCUCCGGGGGGGGUCCGGGCAGCCCGAAAAGGCCCCGUCCCGGCGGCCUCGCCCUCUCCCCCCUCCCGCAUUCAUAGGCGGAGCUCGGCGCGGCCCCUUUUGCCGGCGGGGAGCGCGGCGCUGCCAUGGCCACGAUGCCCGCCGCCGCUGCCGCCCGCCGCUCCGCCUCGCCUCACAACUGAGCCCGCCGCCGGCCAGGGGGCCGUGGGUGCUCCUGUCCCACUGAAUGCUGGAUUUUACUGGUCUAAGGGACUGGAGGAGCGCCGAGCUGGGCAGGAUCAGGGCGGAUACUGGAAGGAAAGCGAGCGACUGGUGCAACAUGAAGCUUUAACAGCGAGCGGGCAAGCCCGGACACGAGGAUGGAGUGCCAGAAAAUUCUGCAUUUCGGGAACCAGCUCCUUCGCCGGAAAAACGUGGACUGCACUCGAGAGGACAGCCGGCUCUCGCGGUGCCUCAACACCUUCGAUUUGGUGGCCCUGGGCGUUGGCAGCACCUUGGGGGCAGGCGUCUACGUCCUGGCCGGGGCCGUGGCAAGGGAAAACGCAGGGCCUGCCAUCGUCAUCUCCUUCCUCAUCGCCGCCUUGGCUUCUGUGCUGGCCGGGCUCUGCUACGGAGAGUUCGGUGCCCGGGUUCCCAAGACGGGAUCAGCUUAUCUGUACAGCUACGUGACCGUGGGCGAGCUGUGGGCCUUCAUCACGGGGUGGAAUUUGAUCCUCUCCUAUGUCAUCGGAACAUCCAGCGUGGCCAGAGCCUGGAGUGCGACGUUCGACGAGAUCAUCGGGCAGCACAUCGAGGAGUUCUGCAGGAAAUACAUGACCAUGGAUGCGCCGGGAGUGCUGGCCAAGUACCCAGACAUCUUCGCCGUGGUGAUAAUCAUCAUCCUAACAGGGCUUUUAAUUUUUGGUGUGAAGGAAUCGGCCCUGGUGAACAAAGUGUUCACCUGCAUCAACAUCCUCGUCCUCGGCUUUGUCAUGGUCUCCGGCUUUGUGAAAGGAUCGCUUAAGAACUGGCAGCUGACCGAAGAGGACAUUUACAACACCAACCACAGCAUUUUGGGGGACAACCAUACCCAGGGAGAAAUGCUCUAUGGUGUUGGAGGCUUCAUGCCCUAUGGAUUGAAAGGAGUCCUCUCAGGGGCAGCCACGUGCUUUUAUGCUUUCGUUGGAUUUGACUGUAUCGCUACGACAGGUGAGGAGGUAAAAAACCCUCAGAAGGCCAUUCCCAUCGGCAUUGUGGCGUCUCUGCUCAUCUGCUUCGUGGCUUAUUUUGGCGUGUCAGCUGCCCUGACGCUCAUGAUGCCUUACUACCAGCUGGAUACCAACAGCCCUUUGCCCAACGCCUUUAAAUACGUGGGCUGGGAUGGAGCCAAUUACGCGGUAGCGGUCGGCUCCCUGUGUGCACUUUCUACGAGUCUCCUCGGCUCCAUGUUUCCAAUGCCUCGAAUAAUUUAUGCUAUGGCAGAAGAUGGGCUGCUCUUUAAAUUUUUGGCGAAAGUCAACGAGAAGAGGAAAACGCCCAUAAUUGCAACGGUGACAUCAGGAGCCAUCGCAGCUGUUAUGGCUUUUCUCUUCGACCUGAAGGAUCUUGUGGAUCUCAUGUCCAUCGGGACCCUCCUGGCUUACUCCUUGGUGGCAGCCUGCGUCCUGGUGUUGAGGUAUCAGCCCGAGCAGCCUAAUUUGGCUUACCAGAUGGCUCGAACGACAGAGGAGACAGACAACAACGAGUCUGUGAGCACCAGCGACUCGCAGGCUGGCUUUCUGCCAGAGGAAGAGGAGAAAUGUUCCCUCAAAGCCAUCCUGUGUCCCCCAAAUUCCGACCCUUCCAAAUUCUCUGGCUCAGUGGUGAACGUCUCGACCUUCAUCAUCGGUUUCCUUAUCGUGGGCAGCUGCAUCCUGACUGCCCUCGAGCCAAGCAUCCUGAUAAAGGCCGUGUGGAUUCUUGCUGCGAUACUGGUCCUCAUCGUCAGCUUCGUUAUAUGGAAACAGCCCGAAAGCAAGACCAAGCUUUCCUUUAAGGUACCUCUUUUGCCCCUUCUUCCUAUUGUGAGUAUUUUUGUGAAUGUUUACCUCAUGAUGCAGCUAGACCUAGGCACGUGGAUACGAUUUGCUGUCUGGAUGCUCAUAGGCUUUAUCAUCUACUUCACCUACGGGAUAUGGCACAGCGUGGAAGCCACGUACGCAGCCACGGCGGACGCGGAGAGAAGCACGGAAGCUGGCUCGGACAGCUGCAAAUGACUGCGUGCUGGCCUCACGGGCACCUGGGGAAGCGCUGCAGCCGAGGAGGCAGCCGCGCCGGGGGGAGCCCGAAGCGUUGCCCCCGGUUAAUCAGUAAGGCAGAGACCAGGAAGCGCGACGUGGGGAUCCCCGGCCCCGCUGCUGCAGCUUGCAGCUUGCUUCCUAGCGCAGUCAAAAAGGAUGGCAAGGGAAAAAAAGCCGCACCUCUGGCACGCUCCCGGCAGCGCCGUCAGCUAAUCCGGGGCCGUGCUCUUCCCCUCCUGUUUUAAUUUUGAAUUUUGUUUUUUAUUUUUCGGCGUGCGUAGAACGAACACGGCUUCUGUGUGCCAGUUAACCUUAAAUGCUGCUAUGAAACCUUUCAGUAGCCCUGGGAGUGACCUCCCCACAGCCACUGCCUGAUAGCACGCGGCGCAGAUCCGCAGUGCCACCGUCGUGCUUAGCCUGAUGCGAGCUGUACCACUUGUGUACGCACAAAAAAAACCCAAAAGGCUCCUGCCAAACACCAGCUUUUGCCUGGUUAAGAAAGCACCCGCAAGAUUUGCGUUCUGUAAAGGAUUGGGUUUCAUAGUUUUUACUGUAUUUAACUUUUUUAACCUCUUUGCCUCAAAAACCGCCGGCAGCGGGGCGGCAUCAAGCCCGGAAAAUAAGCAGGGCCCUUGCUUUCCUCUCCGUGCAUCAGGCUGGUUGGAAUUCCCUCAAAUUCCCCCAAAUAAUUCCCCAGCUGAAUUCCUUGCUCUGAAAAAGGCUUGUUAGAGCAUUAGAAAGGUGGGCCAUGCCCAUGUAACGCCACUCUUAAAUUUAAAUUCACUUUUUGGCUCGUACUGAGCAACAAAUCCUGAACAGACACUGCAGGAACCCCUGCCCUGCCCUGGCUGGAUGCUGCCUUAGGUGCCCUCCGCAGCUUUUGACCUGUCAGCGCAGCUCUGGGUGGUGAAGGGAAGGAGAGCUGAGGAACAGGCUCCUCGAUUUGACUCGACCAGGGGCUUAGUGGGAUGGAGUUGGAUGCACUGGAAGCUGUGCUGUGCUUUCGGGGUGCGUUUUCAGGGCACUUUCAUCCCGGCAGAUGGUCCUGCCCGUCUGCCAAGCCUUUUUUCCUUCUGUACGUAUCAAGUCUUUGCUCAAGCAGGGAGAGAAGAACAUCAAAAUUGAAGCCCACGAGGUGGAGAUCUGUUUUGAUUUUAAACAAAGGCAAACUCGACGCACUCCACAGCCUCCUGAAAAGCACUGAAGGUGUGGCAGGAGGGCAAAAAUAAAAGGAAAACGCAGAGGGGAUUUAAGUUUCUCAUUGUACCAAAACCGUAAGGACAUUUUUCUCCACCGUGGGUACCGGCUGUGAGCAAUUGAGACAUUCAGCAUUAACGAUAUGAAUUCUGACUGGAAGGGUGUUUCCAAAGAGAAUUAUUUAAAAAUAUGCAGAUUUCUUGCUGUAUGUAUUAUUAUUUUUUUUUAAUAUAAAUGUUAACUUAUUUUUU